AUGCGAGCAGGAGCUCAGCAUCUGCCAUUCAUUCUGUCAUGCCUUGAGCUGGCCUCGGCAUUUUUCAAGGUCCCCUGUAGCAAUCCACUGGUGGUCGAGAGAGCAGACCCCAUUGUCCAGCCAGGCGUUGCCGCAAGCCAUGCCCACACUAUCAUGGGAGGCUCCGGUUUUGGGUUCACGAUGGAUUACAACCAGACGCAGGAGUCGAAAUGCAGUUCCUGCUCGCCCAUUGCCGACAAGUCCAACUACUGGAUUCCCACGCUAUACUACCAGGCCGAAAAUGGCAGCUUCACCCCAGUAGAGCAGAAUGGAGGAGCUCUGAUUUACUAUCUACAACGACCCGAUCCGAAAAACAAAACGGUUCUAGCACCCCCGAAAGACCUCCGCAUGGUUGCUGGGAACCCAAUGGACCGGAAAUUCAAAGGCACGCACGAAGCAGAGGCCCGGAGUUACGCUUGCUUGGACUACAACGGCCCAGCGAAGCCCGAGACAAACGGAUUCCCAAACUAUAACUGCCCAAAUGGACUUCGAUCUCAGGUGUUCUUUCCCUCUUGCUGGAAUGGCGUGGACUACGAUAGUCCGGAUCACAAGUCGCACAUGGCGUACCCGAUUGACUCGUAUAAUAGCGGCGCUUGUCCCGAGUCACACCCCAUCAAGAUCGUCUCCAUCUUCAUUGAAGUUAUCUGGAAGACCGAGGCCUUCGCGGACAUGUGGUACGGAGACAGCCAGCCGUUUGUGUGGUCCAACGGUGACAAGACGGGGUAUGGCCUCCACGCGGACUUUGUCAACGGAUGGGACGUGCCCGUCCUUCAAGAAGCACUCGAUACCUGCGACGACAUGGGGGGCGAUAUCAGGAACUGCCAGGUCCUUAAGCUUUACGACGAUGCGAUAACAGAAGGCUGUCUCUUGGAACCAUCCAUCGACGAGAAACUCGAUGGCUGGCUCGACGCCCUUCCUGGUUGCAACCCCGUUCAACCCGGACCCGACGACGCCGUACCAGUCAAGAACUGCGCCGCACCUGGAAUUGGAGAGCCGCAGCACUACUACACCGACGUUACCAAGGAACUCGGGUGGGCGUGGAUCGGGUGUGCUCGUGAUUACAUCAAUUUCGAGCACAUCCUGGCCGAGUCGAGCUCCAGUAGCGACGACAUGACAGUGCAGAAGUGUAUCCAAACUUGCAAGAAAGGCGGGUAUACCUAUGCUGGGGUUGAGUAUUCGCGGGAGUGUUACUGUGGGAAUAGCAUUGCCCCGGAGAAGAUGCCGUCUGUUUCGCCAAUGGGCAAGUGUCUGCAUCCCUGCAGUGGUGACCCCAGUCAGAAUUGCGGUGGAUCUGGGUAUAUUGGGCUUUAUCAGGAGUGUGGGUCGAGCUGUGACAAUCUUGAGUAUCCGGCUGUUCCCGAGUAA